CAGUGGGUUGUUAGAGCUCUCCAACUGGAGGGUUGCUCUUCUGGGACCUAGGCGUCCGCUAGAGGUCUGAGGGUGGGGGUUGGGGACGGGGUUCAGAAGGGUGCUGAGAGGCGGAAUGAUGGAGGAAGAGGAACUGGAGUUCGUGGAGGAACUGGAAGCCGUGCUGCAGCUCACGCCUGAGGUGCAGCUAGCAAUCGAGCAGGUGUUUCCAAGCCAGGAUCCUUUAGAUCGAGCAGAUUUCAAUGCUGUUGAAUAUAUCAAUACCCUGUUCCCAACGGAACAAUCUCUGGCAAAUAUAGAUGAAGUUGUGAACAAAAUUAGACUGAAAAUAAGGAGACUGGAUGACAAUAUUCGAACAGUUGUAAGAGGUCAGACAAAUGUUGGGCAGGAUGGAAGGCAAGCACUUGAAGAGGCCCAGAAAGCUAUUCAACAACUCUUCGGCAAAAUCAAAGAUAUCAAAGACAAAGCAGAAAAAUCAGAACAAAUGGUCAAAGAAAUCACCCGUGAUAUCAAGCAGUUAGAUCAUGCCAAACGCCACCUGACCACCUCAAUCACGACGCUAAACCACCUGCACAUGUUGGCAGGUGGUGUGGAUUCCCUUGAAGCCAUGACCAGGCGCAGACAGUAUGGAGAAGUUGCUAAUCUUCUUCAGGGUGUAAUGAAUGUUCUGGAACACUUCCACAAGUAUAUGGGGAUUCCACAGAUCCGGCAGCUUUCUGAAAGAGUGAAGGCUGCGCAAAUGGAGCUAGGACAGCAAAUCCUGGCAGAUUUCGAAGAGGCAUUUCCUUCCCAGGGUACCAAGAGGCCAGGAGGACCCAGUAACGUCCUGCGAGAUGCAUGUCUGGUUGCUAAUAUUUUGGACCCCAAAAUCAAGCAAGAAAUCAUUAAGAAGUUUAUUAAACAACAUCUGUCAGAGUAUCUAGUACUUUUUCAAGAAAAUCAAGAUGUUGCCUGGCUAGACAAAAUUGAUAGACGCUACGCCUGGGUCAAACGCCAGCUUGUGGACUAUGAAGAGAAAUAUGGCCGAAUGUUUCCACGGGAAUGGUAUAUGACUGAGAGGAUUGCAGUAGAAUUCUGCCAUGUGACAAGGGCAGAACUUGCCAAAAUCAUGCGUGCCAGAGCUAAGGAAAUUGAGGUGAAAUUACUUCUUUUUGCUAUUCAGAGAACGACUAACUUUGAAGGGUUUCUUGCAAAACGCUUCUCCGGCUGCACCCUGACAGAUGGAACCCUGAAAAAGCUCGAGUCUCCACCACCAUCUACCAACCCCUUCCUGGAAGAUGAGUCAGCACCAGAGAUGGAGGAGCUGGCAAUCGAGAAGGGAGAGUUAGAUCAACCAAAGAAGCCUAAAGUCCCAGACAACCCAUUUCAUGGCAUUGUUUCCAAGUGUUUUGAGCCUCAUCUGUAUGUGUAUAUUGAGUCCCAGGAUAAAAACCUUGGAGAGCUGAUUGAUAGGUUUGUGGCCGAUUUCAAAGCCCAGGGGCCACCUAAGCCCAACACUGAUGAGGGGGGCGCUGUGCUUCCCAGCUGUGCUGACCUCUUCGUCUACUACAAGAAGUGCAUGGUACAGUGCUCACAGCUCAGUACUGGGGAGCCAAUGAUUGCCCUGACAACCAUUUUCCAGAAGUACCUCCGAGAAUACGCCUGGAAAAUUCUCUCUGGCAACCUGCCCAAAACCACAACCAGCAGUGGAGGGUUGACCAUCAGCAGCCUUCUCAAGGAAAAGGAGGGCUCAGAAGUGGCCAAGUUCACUCUCGAGGAGCUCUGCCUCAUCUGCAGCAUACUAAGCACAGCAGAAUACUGUUGGGCCACCACCCAGCAGUUAGAAGAAAAACUCAAAGAAAAAGUUGAUGUAAGUCUGACUGAACGAAUCAAUCUCACGGGAGAAAUGGACACAUUCAGCACUGUCAUCUCCAGCAGUAUUCAGUUGCUGGUUCAGGAUCUAGAUGCAGCCUGCGAUCCUGCCUUGACUGCCAUGAGCAAGAUGCAGUGGCAGAAUGUGGAACAUGUUGGUGACCAGAGCCCCUAUGUCACUUCUGUCAUUCUUCACAUUAAGCAGAAUGUCCCCAUCAUCCGUGACAACCUGGCUUCCACACGGAAAUACUUCACUCAAUUCUGCAUCAAAUUUGCAAACUCCUUCAUUCCCAAAUUCAUCACCCACCUCUUCAAGUGCAAGCCAAUUAGCAUGGUGGGAGCAGAACAGCUGCUGCUGGACACCCACUCCCUGAAGAUGGUCCUGCUCGACCUCCCUUCCAUUGGCUCACAGGUGGUGAGGAAGGCACCUGCCAGUUACACUAAGAUUGUCGUGAAAGGCAUGACCCGGGCUGAGAUGAUCCUCAAGGUAGUGAUGGCCCCCCAUGAACCAUUGGUGGUGUUUGUGGACAACUACAUCAAACUCCUUACAGACUGUAACACAGAAACCUUCCAGAAGAUACUGGACAUGAAGGGGCUGAAGAGAAGUGAACAGAGCAACAUGCUGGAACUCCUGCGCCAGAGACUUCCCACCCCGCCCUCAGGGGCAGAUGGCUCCAGCUCUCUGUCCCUGAUGGCUCCUACACCAGAGCAGGAAUCAUCUCGCAUCCGCAAACUUGAGAAACUAAUUAAGAAGAGACUUUAGGAGCACACGAGGGGCACCGAACCCAGUUCCUGGAAGCCCCAAGUGCCCCUGUACCCCUCCCCUACUCAGUGACUCUUAUAUCCUCAGUCAUGAGUUUUUGGGACAUUGAGGUUGCUACUGUGUCUCUCCCAUGCCCUGUCUGAACUCCUAUCCCAGUGGGAGAAGCUGACUAAGGGCUGGGUUAUAAAAAGGCAGUUUAGAUUAUCUCUCAUUGCUGCCAUGGAGGCAGCAGUGGGUGAAAGGCCCCUGUGGUUCAGUUGCUGUUUCCAGGCUGCCCUUGAAGGUCAAGUUGUCAUUGGCUCUUGUAGUCUCACCAUGGCAGCCAUACCCUCCAACACCUGGGCCCUACUCCCUGCCACAUGCCUGUCCAGCAACUUGGAUGAGGAAGCCUGGAUCUUGCUCCUUCCCCCUUCUGCCACUACUGGAGGUCACCUCUGCAGCCAGAACGCUGAGAAUGUUCCUGGAAUUGGUUGAGUGAAUGGACUGCCAGAUCACAGGGCUUAGUACUACCCUUUAUGAAGACAGUGGAAGCAUGUGCACUUUUCCUUGUAAAUCACAGUUUCCUGGUACCUUCUAUGACAUGGCCAAGUUUCCUGUGUUCUCAUUUCUUGUUACUCUCCAAAGGAGAAAGGCCCUCUGUGUCUGUCACUCUGGAGGGCUGUAUGAACCAAGCCUUGGAAGCAGACCAGGCUGGGGCUGCUGACCUGGCGAGGAGACAGUCCCAGAUCUGACAGAGGGUUCUGGGGCUUGGGGUGUGGCUCAGUGGUAGAACGCUUGCCUGGCAUGUGCAAGACCUGGGGCACCGAACCCUGUAAAAAAUAACAAGUGGGUCUUGCUUGGCACAGUCACUGUGUUAUGUGAGAUUAUUUUCUCCAUUUCUUUAUUCUCAUUCUGUUCCUAACUUCUUGGGAAGCAGUUAGUUGUCUUCUAUAUAGGAAAACCAGAAAGUUCUCUUGGAAAACCUUCCCUAGUUUUUUCCUGCAGAUGAACUAUGGGAGGGAAUAGAUAGUCUGUACCAUCUGAUGUCCUUCCUGCUCAUUCACUUUCAAAUCCAGAGAACUCUCCAGAGUCACCUGAAACAACAAAGGUGGUAUACAGUGCAUACAUCACACUAUUAAUGAGAGAGAACCUGGGUCCUUGGAUACCAGGAACACAAGAUUGACCUUACUCGCCAAGCUCAGAACUAGCCUGGCCCAGAACACAGCCUGGGCCCAGACUGCCCUUCAUGUCCACCCACUGGCUCUAAGCAGCAGAACUUUGCAGAAAAUUGCUCUACAGAGCCACUUCAGUCCCCUGCAUCAUCCUACAUACAGAGGACAGGCACCAUACCAGGUAGUUUCCCUAAUUCUCUUGGGUUGCUUGAACCCAAGGCUCAUCUAACCAUGACCAUGACCUCUGGGUGGCCACCAUUGGGGAGAGCCCUGAGGUGGAAGGUGGAGCUCUCUAUAGAGGAAGUGUGUAACAGGCCUCAGGAUCAAAUUGGAUUAUCAAAUAAUGCUCAGAACUGAGUUUUUAGGACAGAGGAAGUUUUCUGAAAAUCUGUAAAACUUGUGACGGCCAUACAGGAGAAAACUUUAAGGUUUGAAAAGCUGGUGAGAAACAUUGGCUGUUUGUCCCCAUCUUGUUUUUCCAGUAUACUAUUCCACACUGUUUCCCUCCCUCCCUCCCCACCUCUGUCCAUUAGUUCCAGGUUUGAAACCCCACCUCCGCCCUGUGCUGGAGAUGGAAACCAAGACCUCAGGCAUGCUGGGUAAGGCAUGUUCUAUCACUAAGCCACAUCCCCAGCUACAGAGCCUCAUUUCUUCAUCAGCUUCCAGCCUGUCCUUGCUAAUUAGUAGAAUGCUUAAGUAUUGAAAACACUAAGAAGAAAAUCAGUAGUGAAGAGAUAUGGCCUUUAGUUGAGCUCUGUUAGAAGAUUCAAGAUUAGAGAAGUGCAGGAGGAGUGGGGAGGGGGUUGGGAGGCUCAGUCUAAGAGGGAUUCCUCUGUGCUAUCAUGUUGCUUUGGUAAGGUUAUAUGCACUAAUUGAAAGAAGGGGUGGUGGGCCAGUCUCCAAACAGCACAGCCAAUUCAGCCGUCUGUCAUCGACCUAGGGAAGCUGGGAAAGCCAGUGGACUCCUGCACCUGGUUCUUGUCACUCUUCAGUGUUUACAGAUCCACACUUCUCUUUUUAGUUCAUUCAUGAGGAGUCAUUUUUCUGGACAUCUCCAUAAUGGCAUUGAGAUGUCAGACUGCUGUUUUUCUCAGUUGGUGGUCACCGCCAGGGAAGUUGCUUUCCUGAUUUAUUACAUUGUCAGAAAUCCCCAAGGAGCCAACAGAUGUCAUUUGGAGUUAUGUUCAGUGUCUCAUUGAUGGGGACUGAAUACCGGGUGUGCAUCUUGGAGAGACAGCAUGUUUCUCACCUGGGGGUAUGCAUCAGAAUCACCUGGGGCCCUUUUAAAAAAAUUGUAGAUGCCUGGAGAUUUUGACUCUUAGUAAGUCUGCAGUGGGGCCUGGCGUGUAGGCUUAAAAGCUCCAUAGGUGAUUACAUUUGUCUGUCAGUAUCCACGGAGGAUUGGUUCCAGAACCCCCUCCCUGUACUCCAGUGGAUAUCAAAAUCUGCAGAUGCUUGAGUCCCCUCAUAUAACUGGCAUAGCAUUUGCCUACACUUUAAACACAUCUUCCUGUAUACUUUAAAUCAUCUCUCGACCUCUUAUAAUACCUAACUUGGUAGAAAUACUACACAAAUAGUUGUUGUACUGUGUUAUUUAAAGAUCUGUACUUAUUCCAUGUAGGCACAGUUUAAGUGUUGUUGUUUGUUUGUUUUCCAAAUACUUUUGAUUGAAUCCACGGUUGUCUAUCCACAGAUAUAGAUGACUGACUGUGUGAGGUUUAUUCUUUGCUAAGAACCAUUGCAAUACAGAGAAAUUUACUUUAUUAAAGGGUUCCUGUAGCCCAUUUUCAUAAAUGUA